AUGGUGCUCUUCUCCGCCACCAUCAUCUAUUUGGUGGAGUCGCAGGACAAUGUCCCAACCCUGCAGCAUUCCCUUUGGCUCGCCAUUGUGACGGUCACUACUGUGGGUUAUGGGGACUUCUAUCCAGAAUCUUCUUGGGGCUACCUGGUUGUUUCCCUGCUCACCUUCAUCAGCGUCCUUUUCCUGGCCAUGCCAGUGGGUAUCAUUGGCCACGAGUUCACUCAGUCCUGGCUCUCACGUCGCAAAGUCCUUUUGCAAGGGCGCGUCCGCCGCUGCCUCAGCAAGUGGGGCUACACUGCGGCAGACCUACAGAUGCUGUUUGAUUAUGCUGACGCCGACGGAGAUGGAAAUCUUGCACUCAUCGAGUUCAUCGAGCUCAUUCGGCAGAUGCGAAUUGGGGUCAGCGCCGAGCAAGCGGCCGAGCUGUUCACGAUGUUCCUGCUUGGCAGUUAG